UGCAGCGGACUGACCGGCGAUGAGGGCAAGGGCGAGCAGCAGGAGGCCGGCAGGAGAGGCGCGCAUCGACCCCAUGAUGAUGACGGCGGGGGUCCCGCCAGAGAGGCCGCGGAAGAGGUGGCGGAAGAGGUGGCGGAAGAGGUGGCGGAAGAGGUGGCGGAAGAGGUGGCGGAAGAGGCAGCGGAAGAGGUGGCGGAAGAGGCAGCGGAAGAGGUGGCGGAAGAGGUGGCGGAAGAGGCGGCGGAAGAGGCUUGA